AUUACAAGAAUUAAUAAAUAUUUUCGGGGGAAAAAAAAGAAUAUUUUAUUCGUUAUACUGUGAGUGUGACGUAGUAGUCUUUGACCUACAUUUUGUGAAGGAGUGAUUUGUCUCCCUCUAGUGGACGACUUACUCAACCACACCAUCAGUGAUUCCUCUCUAACGGUUGCAUUGCAAGCUCCAGCUUGAUACUAUUAGAAGGGUGGUUCAAAAAAAAAAAAAAAACAAGCAGAAGACGUCCACUCCACUGCGUUUGCCGGCGUCAGCAUCCGUAUGACGUUGCGUCAGGUCUUUCUCGACUUCCGGUCCUGCCGCGGCUAACCCACCGAGGUCCACCACCAUGGAGGUGAACCGGGAUGAGGCGGAACGGUGCAUCGACAUCGCCGCCGCGGCGCUGGGCAGCGAGCAACCGGACAAGGCGAAGAGGUUCCUGGAGAAGGCCCAGAGGCUCUUCCCUACCGAGAAGGCGAGGGUGCUGCUGGAGCUCAUCUCCAAGAAUGGCUUCACGCCCAGACAAGGCGCACACGCGGACUUGAAUGGAGACUCAGGACCUCGACUACGACAGAACCAAAGUGACCGUAGCAGACCCGAAGAGAAACCCGCAGAUACCUCAAAGUCCUACACCGCAGAGCAGGUGGAUGCUGUGCGAAGGAUCAAGCAAUGCAAAGACUUCUACGAGAUCCUUGGCGUGCAGAAGGACGCGUCUGAGGACGAACUCAAAAGAUCUUACCGCAAGCUGGCGUUAAAAUUCCACCCGGAUAAGAAUCACGCUCCCGGUGCCACGGAGGCGUUUAAAGCUAUUGGGAACGCGUACGGCGUGCUGAGCAAUGCCAACAAACGACGACAGUACGAUGCGUGCGGCGAGGAGCGGCGGCAUCCUUCCCAACAGGCGGACGCAAACUUUGAUGCGGAUAUUUCCCCCGAGGACCUUUUCAACAUGUUCUUUGGAGGAGGAACCCCGGCGAGCAGUAACCAAGCGCACACAAAUGGGAGGAUGCGUCACCAGAGACCGCCAAGAAGAGAGCGACCGCGAGACGGGGGCCUCGCCCUCUUCGUGCAGGUUAUACCCAUCCUCAUUCUGGUUAUUGUGUCGGCCCUCAGUCAAAUCAUGGUCAAGAGCCCCGCCUACAGCCUCAGCUAUCGCCCGUCGGCGGGACACACGCAGAAGAGGCUGACGGAGAACCUGAAGGUGGCGUACUACGUGGCUGAGCACUUCUCCAAAGACGUCAGCGACGGGAAUAUAAAGCGCUUGGAGCAGACAGUGGAGGAUGAUUACAUCUCCAACCUGCGCAACAACUGCUGGAAGGAGAAACAGCAAAAGGAAGGCAUGUUGUACCGAGCACGCUAUUUCGGUGACACGGAUCUGUACCAGCGGGCGCAGAGAGCUCGGACGCCGAGCUGCGCCAAGCUGUCCGAGAUCAGCGCCUCCUUUCACGGCUGAGGUCGCGUCGCCUCCCUCCUGUAUCGCGAGCACUACCGACCUGCCUGUAAAUAGAUAAGCUUACCCCCCGAAGACGACAUGCAGCAAGACAAAGCGGCUCCUGCUAAACUGGUUUAGAGUGACGAAGCAACGGGAUAUGGGUGAGGAUGAGCGACAAGACAUCAAAUUGUAUUUCAUAAGCCUGCGGCAGCGGACUUCUUUUGAUUUUGGUGUCGAAUCGACGGGCAAAAGUUUGGGCAUUCGGCUUCAGUUGCCCCUUUGAAGUAACCCUUUGAAUCUAUGCAGAAACAAUGUGAAAAACUCAACCACGCCUCGUCCGUAACCUCACAUUCGCCAUCGUUGAUGUCUCGUCCGCAGUACUGUGCAAAAGUCACAGAUCCCCUCGAAUGAUGCGCUCACGUGGCUUGCAGGGGGAUUUUUAAUGGCUCGUAGAUUGUCAAAAUUGUAAAUUAACCCCUAAUUUAUCUCUAACCCCUAACCCUACCCUUUAACCAGUGGUGGUCCUAGCUUGAAAGGGGCCCUGUGCGAGCCCACCCUUUGGCACCCCACCACCAACAACCCGCACGCACACACCUCUUUUCGCAACUGUUCGGCAGAAGGCGAUUCUACAAGGGGGUGCAAAUUCCCCAUACAAACGCCAAUGAUUUACAUGUCAUGACUGCCAAUCGAAAAACCACAUAGGAUUUUUUUCUGGCAUUAACAACAGAGCUGCCUCGCUGAAAGCGACAGGUGGUGGGUUCUCGUAGCAAACCAGCAGCUUUGCCUCAACGUUUGGAAACAUUUCACCACAAAAUGAGACCAGUAGCUCGGUCACUUGCAAAAUAUGCAAGUCUAUCCUCAAAUAUAAUAAAUGCACUCCCUAUCUGGAAAGGCACAAGCUAACGCUAGGUGACAAACUUGUCACAGAGAAAAUAUACGGAAUAUACUGUUGCGUCUACUUAAAUGAUGAAAUGAGGAUCAACAACCUGUUUAUUGUGAAAAUGAAAAAAUGUAAAACAGAAAAAAAACCCAUCAAACUAGCUUUUCACUCAGCGCUUUAGAAAUUUACUGUCGCUGAGAAGAAGGUAAUUAAAAAAAAACACAAUACUUCCUUGUUUAUAGUAUGUUUUAAAGUAUUAUUUCGGUUGAGAAAAAACAAAAAAACUAUUAUCAAUCACACUUGAAACUGUUGCAACCAUGUUUUUACUGUACGUGCGAUACGGGGGGGGAAAAAAAGUACAAUAAAAAGUGGAAAUGCUCAACAA